GCAGGUGGGAGCUUGGAUGUUGAUAUCAACAUGGCGCUUGUCAGACAGACAAAGACAGUCAGUCUGGUCUGAUUGAGCCCCAAAGAGAGCAGGAAGGAGUGGGAAGUGAGGGGAGGGGGAUUUUCUCCCUUAGGUGCCGGGGGCGAGUAGGUGCUGGGAGCCUGAAGCAUUUCUCUCUCUCUGGAACUUCCCCAUAUUUUAUUUUGAAGCCCCCACCCCCCAAAUCUCUUUGCUUUUCACAUUGGGACUGGGGGGAUCCCCACCCCCCAACUUCUGCUGUUAAAUGGUCAAGUGGAGAGGCAGCAGCCCGGACCUAAAGAAUGGUAACUAGCACCGAAGACCUCCAGGAGGCUUUCUGAUUUCCUCUCCCCAUGUAAAGUAUGCUGAGAACCUUUCCAGUGGUCCUGCUGGAAACCAUGUUUCACUACACAGAUGAACCCAGGUUCACCAUAGAGCAGAUAGACCUGCUUCAGCGCCUGAGGCGUACAGGGAUGACACGGCACGAAAUCCUCCAUGCCCUGGAAACCUUUGACCGCCUUGAUCAGGAGCAUAGUGACAAGUUUGGUAGGCGGUCCACUUACGGGGCCAGUGGUGGAUCCUGUAGCAACAGCACCAACAACGUCCCAGCGUCUUCCUCCACAGCCACAGCUUCCACGCAGACCCAGCACUCUGGGAUGUCCCCGUCGCCUAGCAACAGUUACGACACUUCCCCACAGCCUUGCACUACCAAUCAGAAUGGGAGGGAGAGUAACGAGAGGUUGUCCGCCUUCAACGGAAAGAUGUCACCCACCCGCUACCCGCUGGCCAACAGCAUGGCUCAGAGAUCGUACAGCUUUGAAGCCUCUGAGGAGGACUUGGAUGUAGAUGACAAAGUGGAGGAGCUGAUGAGGAGGGAUAGCAGUGUGAUAAAAGAGGAAAUCAAAGCCUUCCUGGCCAACCGAAGGAUCUCUCAAGCAGUCGUUGCACAGGUAACAGGUAUCAGUCAGAGCCGGAUCUCCCAUUGGCUGUUGCAGCAGGGAUCAGACCUGAGCGAGCAAAAGAAAAGGGCCUUUUACCGAUGGUACCAGCUUGAGAAGACAAACCCCGGGGCCACGUUAAGCAUGAGACCAGCCCCCAUCCCAGUAGAAGAACCAGAAUGGAGGCAGACGCCUCCUCCAGUCACAGCUACCUCUGGGACCUUCCGGCUACGGCGGGGCAGUCGGUUCACCUGGCGGAAAGAGUGCUUGGCUGUCAUGGAAAGCUACUUCAAUGAGAAUCAAUAUCCUGAUGAAGCCAAGAGGGAAGAAAUUGCAAAUGCCUGUAAUGCAGUGAUUCAAAAGCCAGGGAAGAAGCUGUCCGAUUUGGAACGGGUGACCUCCCUCAAAGUGUACAACUGGUUUGCUAACAGAAGGAAGGAGAUUAAGAGACGAGCCAAUAUUGAAGCAGCAAUCCUGGAGAGUCAUGGGAUAGAUGUACAAAGUCCUGGAGGCCACUCCAACAGUGACGACGUAGACGGGAAUGACUAUUCAGAGCAGGACACUUGGCAAGUACGCAAUGGGGAGGAGGAGGGACGAUGUACAGAGGGAGGCAGAGAAGCAGAGAAGUUAGAAGAAGACAGGAGGAUCAGCUCAAAACAAGAUGACAGCACUAGCCAUAGCGACCACCAAGACCCUAUCUCACUAGCCGUGGAGAUGGCAGCAGUAAACCACACCAUCCUGGCACUGGCCCGGCAAGGAACCAACGAGAUCAAAACAGAGGCCCUAGACGACGACUGAUGAAGCGGCGGAGGGGGAGGGCUGAGACCGAGAAAGUAACUUAGUUUUAGACGUAGCACCUUAGCAGCCUUUCCUGGUCCUUACUAUGUGUUUUUCUUGCAGUAUAACUUUGCAGUCUCUUGUACGUCAAGUUAGCCGUUUAGGGUCUUGUCCUGUGAAGAUGGCAUGGUGCCCUCUGACUCCGCAUAUAAACUCUCAGUAUUAAUUCCCAAUCAAAUAAUUAAUCAAACCGACUGACCUCCCUAGACCAGCCCCGCCCCCCUCUCCCCCGUGGCUAGACAAAAACCUUUGCUGCUCUGUCUUAGCAUUCCAUGAACGUGCUUCCAGGUGUCAUAGGCAGCCCUCAAUCCCAAGCCUUAGGCUAAAUUUAUAACCAGAAAAAAAAAAACUGAUUACCUUUCAGAUGUAGCGUGUUAGUGCUUUUCCUUUCUAAGAAUGAAAGAUGAUAAAAUGAGGUUGCGUGGUUCCAAGGAUAGUAAUGGCUGCCAUAUUGUGAAUGUUGGACUGAGAAUGGAGAGAUGAUCGAUUUCAGCUCCUUUUCCAAUAUCUGGUCUCCAGGUGCCAAUAAGCUGUGCCUCUCGUGGUCAUGCCAUGACAUGCCCUCUUCUGUUUCCCUUUGCCGUUAACGCUACGGUGAGAAUAUUCUGGGUGGUACGGAAUAAGAUGGGAGAGUGUCUGUUGCUGCAUUUUGGUUGAUGCUCAUUGCUCAGAUACUCCCCAUAGCCUCGCUCUUGUCUGUGCAGCAAGAGACGACGACUUACUGAAGAGUCUUGGGUGAGCUCCAAGAGAGCUGCCUCUUGCAACUCUGCUCUGAGCUUGCCUCCUUCCAGUCAGCCUGUGCUGGUGAGAAGAGUAAAUCUGCUGCAUCUCUGCAGUGACUGAAUUGAGUGUUUUCAGUGCAGAGGGACAGCAGGAUUUACCUGCAUUCAGUGGAAGCAUACCCAGAAUCCAUGGAGAAAAACAAUGCAGUUUGUCCUAACUUUUCCUCUCACCUGUUCAGUUAUAAGGGUAAAGUGUGCCUCCAGUGUUCAAUCUCAGCUGUUGGAAGUUUGAGAAAUACUGCUCAAAAAUCUUAUAACUGUUUACCUCUUCUCUCCCAAUGCCCUGUCCUGGGUUCUUGAGUAAAAUAAGUUGUGGGGAGGGGGGUGCCUUUAUUUGCAUAGUAUCAGGUGGGCAUUUAGGUUGGUCUGUGGUAAAAGAGCACGAUUCAAGUCUGGUAGCACCUUAAAGACCAAGAAGGUUUCCAGAGUCCAAGUUCUGGUGAAGCUUUGGUGUCUGACAAAGGGAGAUUUGACUCAUGAAAGUUUAUGCCCUGGAAAUCCUGUUGCUCUUUUAGGUGCUACUGGACUUUAAUCUUGCCCUUUAUCUCCACAGUUGCUUCCCAGCAAGCCCAAAUACAAGCUGUGUGGGACACAUAUGAGCCAACACAAUGAUUACUAAUGCACACAUGAGUUCCAGUACGUGCACUUCAGAGGGCAUAAGAAUGACUGUGCAUUUUCUGUGCCAUCAGUUCCCCAUCGCUUGUUAUUGGCUGCUAAUGAAUAAGGUUCCCCAUGGCAUGCAGUUGGCCCAUAAUGAGAAAACUGGGUGCAAAUACCUCGUUUGUGUGUGUUUUCCUACUUCUGCUUUUGUUCAGGAGCCAGAACGUUGUACCACUUCAGGCAGGUUAACUAAAAAUUGGAAGCCAUAUUUAAACAGGAUACUGGAUGUUGCCGUGGGAUGGUGACUUGGUAGCAAGGGUGCAGUUACUGUUCUCCCACACCUGUGGUGGAAACCUGUUAUUCCCUCCUCCCAUUGAUUUUAGCAGGUUGCUGUGUCCGAUGUGAGGUUGUAUUCAGGCAAGGUAGGCUAUUCAUUGAAAACAGCACUGAGUGGACAAAGCUAACAGUAUGAGAAGUAAACCUACCUUUUAAUAGCAAAACCUAAUUGAUUUUCCCCCCUUGGUCAAAUGUAGCACUUUGGUUACCUUUUUUCCUUAAAUAAAUAAAUAAAUAUAUCUAUAUUUAUA